AUGGGCAAUAGUCCAGAGGAAGAGGCAGAACUGAAUAUAUUGAAGGAUCUAGAGAAGUCAGUAGGUCAGACAUCCAAGAAGGUGGAAAAAGUUGAUGGCAAGCUAACAGGUUUAAAGAAUGGUUUCUUAGCAAAGAAUCUUCAGGCUGAAGCUUUAAGCAAGCUUGAUCAGCGAGUUAAGGUGGCAGCUGAACAGUUUAUGAAGAUCCUUGAACAGAUGGAUGCCAUGAGUUUUCCUGAAAAUUUUAGCGACUGCAGAAUGAAGAAGAAAGGAUUGGUUAAAACUGUUCAGGCCUGCCUCGCUCAGUGCGAUAAGAUAGAAACAGGCAUUUCAGAUCAUCUUGCAAAACUGCAAUCAAAGAACUUGUCUGAAUAA